AAAGAACGAUUCCACGGCGAAUCGGACAUCACUAGAGGAGGGCAGAGAGAGAAAUCACAGCCACCACCACCACAACAUGAUCAUCACCCCACAGCCCAAACACACUGGUGUAAAAAACAACAGUCUUGAGCAUUUCGGACCGAAUCUGAGGUGUGGUCUGGCCGUCGGAGUGUAAACGGACCGUGUUUAUCUCUGUUUUUAAGCCGUCAGGGAGUGGAUCUGUCUCGGACGCCAUCUUUAGCAGCAGCAGUAGCCCGGGAGAGUGAAGAGCUGCUGGGACACCUCAACCAGCACCGGGCUGGAGGAGUUUCUCCAGCGGACACUCAUGCUUGACAGCGAUCGAUAAGUUUGUCGUGACAGAUUUGGGGUCGGUAGACGUGUUUCAGUCCACUGGGUUUGUUGUUGUUGUGGUCGGAGGAGUUUUCUCGGGUUGGCUGCUCAUCUUGGCCUGUUGGGAGGUGUCUGGCUAACCAUGGACAAGGUGACAUAGGUAUGCAAACUCCCAGGGUUUGGAUUUGGAAUAGUGACGGACGUUUGUAACUGCGAUGCAGCGGAGCUGAAGAAAUUCUCAACAGAAGGAUUACAAGGCGUGUCUAUCUGGAAUGAUUCAGUUCAGACGCGUACAGCUGUGGACCAGGUUUUGGUCCAUAUGAGGCCACUGUCUUGCAGAUGAGCCAUCAGUGGGAGCUGUCGUGUCGCAGACCCAGAUAGUGACUGGUGGCUGGGGCCCAAGCCCCGCCCCCUCCCAGCAUGCCCAACGCUGCUCGCGCUGGGAGUCUGAAGGACCCCGAGAUCGCAGAUCUCUUUUUUAAAGAAGACCCUGAAAACCUCUUCUCAGACCUGAGAGAGAUCGGUCAUGGCAGCUUUGGCGCUGUAUACUUUGCACGGGACGUGCGGACCUCGGAGGUGGUGGCAAUCAAGAAAAUGUCAUAUAGUGGAAAACAGUCUAAUGAGAAAUGGCAGGAUAUAAUAAAGGAGGUGAAAUUCCUUCAGAGGCUAAAGCACCCAAACAGCAUAGAGUAUAAAGGAUGCUACCUGCGAGAGCACACAGCAUGGCUGGUUAUGGAGUACUGUCUGGGGUCUGCCUCAGAUCUCCUCGAGGUACACAAAAAACCUUUACAAGAGAUGGAAAUAGCAGCGAUUACUCAUGGUGCUUUGCAGGGGUUGGCGUAUCUUCACUCCCACAACAUGAUUCACAGGGAUAUCAAGGCUGGGAACAUCCUGCUCACAGAGCCUGGACAGGUGAAGCUGGCAGAUUUCGGUUCUGCUUCAAUUGCCUCUCCUGCUAAUUCAUUUGUGGGGACUCCUUAUUGGAUGGCCCCAGAGGUGAUCCUGGCCAUGGAUGAGGGUCAGUAUGAUGGGAAGGUUGACAUCUGGUCUCUAGGAAUAACCUGUAUUGAAUUAGCUGAAAGAAAACCACCACUCUUCAACAUGAAUGCAAUGAGUGCCUUAUACCACAUCGCGCAGAAUGAGAGUCCAACCCUACAGUCCAGUGAAUGGACGGACUACUUCAGAAACUUUGUGGACUCCUGCUUACAGAAGUUGCCCCACGAUAGAUCCAACUCUGAAGAACUGCUGAAACAUGCGUUUGUCCGGCGUGAGCGGCCGGAUUCGGUGCUUAUUGAUCUGAUCCAGCGCACCAAAGAUGCUGUGAGAGAGCUGGACAACCUGCAGUACCGCAAAAUGAAAAAGAUCCUCUUUCAGGAGGCUCACAAUGGCCCUGCGGCGGAGGUCCCAGACGAUGAGGAGGAGGUGGAGCACAGUGUUGGCCGCACAGGCACAGUGAACAGUGUGGGCAGUAACCAGUCCAUCCCUAGCAUGUCCAUCAGUGCAAGCUCACAGAGCAGCUCGGUUAACAGCCUGCCUGAGGCCACAGACGAUAACAAGAGCGAGGUGGACCUGAUGGAGAAAGAUCAAACCAUCAUUCCCAACAGUUCCAUGAUUCAUGUCAAACCGGAGGAAGAGAGCUACCAAGAAGAAACCGAGGCUCAGAAACAGCCCACAGAGCCUCAGUCUCCCCCAGCACAGACACCAAGGCGUCAGUACCGGAAUCGAGAGCACUUUGCCACCAUUCGCACAGCCUCCCUGGUGACGCGUCAGAUUCAAGAACACGAGCAGGACUCUGAGGUGCGUGAGCAGAUGUCUGGCUACAAACGAAUGCGCAGGCAGCACCAGAAAUACCUUCUGGCCCUCGAGAACAAGCUGAAGGGCGAGAUGGACGAGCACAGACUCAAGCUAGACAAAGAACUGGAGAACCAGAGGAACAGCUUUGCUGCCGAGAUGGACAAACUCAUCAAGAAGCACCAAUGCACCAUGGAGAAAGAUGCCAAGACUUUUGCCAACAAUGAAAAGAAAUUCCUGCAGCACAUUCAGAGCCAGCAGAAGAAGGAGCUCAACAGCUUCCUGGAGUCUCAGAAACGCGAGUACAAACUGCGCAAGGAACAGCUCAAAGAGGAGCUGAAUGAGAACCAGUCCACACCAAAGAAGGAGAAGCAGGAGUGGCUGUCCAAGCAGAAGGAGAACUUCCAGCACUUCCAGGCAGAGGAGGAGGCCAACCUACUUCGCCGGCAGAGGCAGUAUUUGGAGCUUGAGUGCCGCAGGUUCAAACGGCGAAUUCUCAUUGGACGUCACAACGUGGAGCAAGAUCUAAUGAGAGAGGAGCUAAAUAAGCGUCAGACGCAGAAGGAUCUAGAGCAUGCCAUGCUGCUCCGACACCACGAGUCUAUGCAGGAGCUGGAGUUCAGACACCUGAGUAACAUCCAGAAGAUGCGUGCAGAGCAGAUCCGCCUGCAGCACCAGACAGAGCUCACCAACCAGCUGGAGUACAACAAGCGCAGGGAGAGGGAGCUCAGACGUAAACACGUCAUGGAGGUCCGACAGCAGCCCAAGAGCCUCAAGUCCAAAGAGCUUCAGAUCAAGAAACAGUUCCAGGAUGCAUGUAAGACCCAGACCCGGCAGUACAAAGCCCUGCGAAACCAGCUGCUGGAGAGCAUACCAAAACCUGAACACAAGACCAUGCUGAAGAGACUGAAGGAAGAGCAAACCAGGAAACUAGCAACCCUUGCCGAACAGUAUGACCACACCAUCAACAACAUGCUCUCCACACAGGCUUUGCGUCUAGACGAGGCACAGGAGGCAGAGUGUCAGGUGCUGCGGAUGCAGCUGCAGCAGGAGUUGGAGUUGUUGAAUGCAUAUCAGAGUAAGAUCAAGAUGCAGACGGACGCUCAGCAGGAGCGAGAGAGGAAGGAGCUGGAGCAGAGAGUGUCCCUCCGGAGAGCCCUACUGGAGACUAAGAUCGAAGAGGAGAUGUUGACCUUGCAGAACGAGCGCACAGAGCGGAUCCGUAGCCUGCUGGAGCGCCAGGCCCGAGAAAUUGAGGCCUUCGACUCUGAGAGCAUGCGCUUGGGCUUUAGCAACAUGGUGUUGGCUAACAUCUCUCCUGAGGGCCUCAGCCACAGCUUCCCAGGGGCCCCGGCCAGUUGGAUCCCCCAUCAGCAUCACUCAGAUGGCUCUCAAGGGACACAGUGGGGCAGCAGCACUGGUUCAGGGGCCGGCCACCACUACCACUCCAUUCAGGGAGGAGCACAGGCCCAGCAGGGCUGGGGCCAAGCCAUCCCAGGAGGUGGGCUUCCUCCGUGGAGCCACUCCCCCUCAGGCCCCCAAGGGGCCAUGCCAAAAAGCAGCGUGGGGAUGCAAAACAGCCCUCAGGCACUUAGGAGGACCACCUCAGCGGGGCGCACUGAGCAGGGCAUGAGUAGGAGCACCAGCAUCACAUCUCAGAUAUCCAACGGUUCGCACCUGUCUUACACAUAGACACCAGUGCGUUUGUGCCAACCCUGCACACACAAACACAUACAGGGUAGGGGAAUGCACUGGCCCACACUAAAGACUGGCACAGAGAGCAGAGCCAACUGCACUCAUCUACCCAUCUCCCUCUAUCCCCCUUUUCUUUUCCUUCGCUUUCUCAUUUCACUUUCCUACAUGCAGACGUGCAUGUAAACGAUAGCAAAUAUCACUCAGGUCAAAAGAAAUUCUAACUUUGUAUGAAGCUUGUUUGACAGCCAUGCAGAGCUAUAGUCAAAAACACUAGUCUGAUUUAAAGCUCACUUGAUAAGAUUCAUUUAAUGCUAAAUAUUACAGAGAAAGAUAUAUAUAUAUAUAUGUAUUAAAUAGAUGUUUAUUCAUUUAGCUUUAGUCCACUUAACAUGUGGAUUCAUAAAGCAAAAGGAUGUUAAAAGGAGAUGUUGGCCAUAAUUCUUAGGCAUAAUGAUUAAGCAAGUAUACAAUCUAAGCUGUCAGCCUGCUGUCAUGCUCUUAGGAAAAAUAAUUUGGGUUUUAAUAAAAUAAAGAAAUGUAUUAUGUGUGUGCAGUAUAUGGAUUAGGAAGAGAGCUGGCCAGUCUGUUGAUUUUAAGUGAAAGUGUUUUAGUUGUCAGAUUUUUAAGUUUUCAUUUGCAGAGAAGAUUUAGGAGUUUGCCUACAUCAAAUACUGUGCUGAAAUGAAUCUGAAGAAAAAUACACAUUUCAAUAGGUUCAAAACUUGAUCUUACAGACUUUUGUUACUAGUUUGGUCUGCGAGUUAAGGUCAAUGGGUCUGUCUUGCCCAAGCAGUGUGUUAUAAGAUUUUUAACAGUGCAGGCAAGCACAAAUAUGUUCAUAUAUCCAGCAUACUUUUAUUUAGUCUGUAUUUGCAUUAAGCAACCAAAUUAUGGCCAGACAUUUGAUGCACCCUUCAUUUUAUUAGGUCAUCCAGCUAUCAUCUGGAUCAGGUGUCCAGACACAUUUAGAUGUGGUGCUUUCUUGAUUAUUCGUUGUAUGUGUAGGUGUGCAAUGCCAGCUUAAAUAUAUUAGAUAUAUGUUCAGUGCCUUCAAUGUGUUAAUGGUUUAAUUAGUUUAAUCAGUAGAGACAGACAUGCCAGGAUGAAUGUUUUCAUUUAGCUAAAAAAAAAAAAACACUCCCAAAUUUAGAGUUUAAUCAUGUUCCCCAAGCUAAUGAAGGGACAGUAUUGGUCCAUUUAAGAAGAGUGUGUGUCGGUGUGAAUAUAUUUGGUUGUACACCUAAAUAUGAGCUUAUAUUAUCACUAUGUAAUGCUAAACUUUUAUGUUAAUGAACUUUUGAGGUGCCUUUGAAUAGCUGCCAAGCAGAAGCACUUUAUGUAGUGUGUUGUGUUUGAGGAAUUAUUUUUUAAAAAAUUACAAGCGUUCUCAACAAUGGAAAUGGCUAAUGCAGCUGUAAACUGUAGUGUGUGAUGGCAGAUGUCCAGUAUGUUUACUGUUAUUCUUUUAAAAUAAUUCUAUGGUCAUUUUAAGGAAGUCCUAGAUACGAAUUUGUCUUGUUUUAGUACAAUAUGGUCGUGAUUUAUCAAAUGAAAUGAAUGCAGAAACAGUUUGAAUGUACUCUGUCCUCCAUCAGGUUUGUGUCAUGUCUUUGACACUCUGGGAAUGUAAGGAAUGGUAGGAGCAUGAAUGACUUCCUUUUUUUCUGUAGGUCAUGACAGCAGGGUUAUGUGACACUUAACUGGCUCUUUUGGAGCAGGCAAACACUCUUGAUUUGGUCUCAUUGCCUCCACACUAAAUAACAAAUGGUAUGUUCACUGUUUCAUGCUCAUUCACUACCAGUCAAAUGUUUGGACACAUCUACUGCUUAUUUUUUAUUACUAUUUUCCAUAUUUUAAAUAAUAGUAUAUUCAGUAUAUAUACACUACCAUUAAAAAGGUUGGGAAUAUUUUUUUAUAAAAUUAAAAGUCUCUUAUGCUCUUAUUUAUUAUGACUGUUUUCUAUUUGAAUAUAUUUUAAAAUGUUAUUCAUUCCUGUGAUGGCAAAGCUGAUAUUAAGCAACCAUUAUUUCAGUCUUUAGUGUCACAUGAUCCUUUAGAAAUAAUUCUGAAUGCUGAUUUCUCAUUAUUAUUAUCAGUGUUGAACACAAUUAUGCUGGUUCAUAUUUUUGUGGAAAUCAUGAUACAAUUAUUUCAGGAUUCUCUAAUGAAUAGGAAAUUCAAAAGAACAGCAUUUAUUUGAAAUAGAAAUCCUACACUGGAUGACAUUAAAAUGUUGUCACUUUUGAUCAAUUGAAUGAGUCAAAAUAAUUUCCUAAAAAAAUAUUACUGACCUCAAACUAUUGAAUAGUAGCUUAUAUUAGAGGAGCUUAGCCUUAUUUCAACCAAACAGCUUUUGCCAAGUAGAUUCUUAAUGUUUUAUGUAUUAAAAUUCUUGAAGAAUCGAGCUAAAAAAAAACAAUGAUUUUUUCCUACACAGCUUUUCACUACAUGUACACAAAAAAAAUUACAUAAAAAUGCAUAGUAUUAAUUAUAUUUAUCUACACUUAAGUUUACAAAAAUGCCAAGCAGAGACGUUUGUGAACAUACGUUUGUGUGUGUGAUGACUCACGUAUUUUAAUUUUUUAAUUGGUUCAAUCUAUAAAUGAUUCACAGACAUGAAUCAAACUUACCAGCUUUACCAUUUUUGCUUUAAUCAAUCUCAUCUCUUCUCAAGGGAAAGUUAAUGGCCAAAUUCUCUCAGCGAAGUUCAUGAGGUGCAUCCCGGGAUUCUUUUUAAAUAGUAUCGAAGGAGUUAGCACGCUUGCAUUCAGUCAGGGCUGUCCAUGUUUGACUGGUAGUGUGGUCUGUAAAGUAUAUGUAUUUUAUGAAAUUAAUAGCUGCCUCAAAGAUUUAACAGCCAAAAAGGGUAUUUUCUCCCUCAUUUGUUGGCUGUUAUAAGCAACUGAGAUGACCGAGUCCAUAAGUAGAAUUUCCUCUCAGACACACAGGGAUCUUUUCCCCUUCUACCCCUGCUCUCUUUCUGUCCUCUGUGCCGCCCGUACCGCAGGUGUCAGUACCCAGUAUUGUGAGGAUAUGAGCUGUGCUGCCGAUGGCCCUGCCUGCCCUCACUGCCCCCACUGCUUCACAUGCCAUCACUCCUCACCAAGCUCCGCCUGGAUCCAGUGUUUCAACGCACGGAUGCCUGAAUGCACUUUCUUGGGGGAACUUUUCAAGCGAACUCUUUGUUUUCCCAAGCGAGUUUAUCUUGUUGGUUUGCUUUACAUCACUUUGACUGCAGGAGUCACGUUGACUGAUGCAUUCUUGUGAAAUUUUUACUCCCGUUUUAACACUUCUGAUGAAGUACAAUGUUACCCUCCCCCUUCUGUUUCCAUUGUGCAAUCAUUGGUGAAAACAAACUCUCCGAGCAGAACAUGUCUCUCUUCCUUUCCUUAAUAUCCCAAAAGAUCUUGUGUGACCCUUAUUACCAAGUGAAUGCGGCUGUAAUGUGAAAGAGCGAGUAUAAAGUGUACCUAACAAACUCUAAAGUCAUCUUCUGGGGAGUGUUCAUAUUGUAUAUUUGGUUUCAAAUAAAAAUUUUAAAUGCAUAGAAAUGAACUAAAUCGAUGGCGGCGGCCCCAUCAAGAUUAUCUACAUAUAGACAAAGGUUUUAAAAGAAAUCUAUUAAGAAUUGUAAAUUGUGUACCUUGUGCUUUUAAAGGGGGUUCUGGCCUGUGUACAAGGAGCCUUGGGGCUCCGGGGCCUCAGAGUUGAACUUCAGGGAGUAGUGUGUGUUUACACGUCACCUCUGCACACUUUGUGUUUCCAUUUGUAUUAGAAAAUCUGUCUGUUGAUCACAGGAACGUUUUGGGUCCUCUUUAUUUUGAACCCUCCAUUCAUGCGAAUGUCAAAAGGUGCAGCAUAAGAGCUAUAAAAAGCACAGAAAAGAGGCAAAUGUUUCUAUUUUGAGUCCUCCCAUAGAUCAUUUUGAUAUUUUGUAACACACAGAUGAUCCGUUUUGUUUUUUGUUUUUUAAUAUCUUUUGGGUGAGGGCUGUUUGAAUUUGGUUGGCAUUACUCAUAAUUGUGUCAUACCUGCCAUUGAUAUAGAUUACACAUUUUAUUUUUUAUUUUAUCCUAGUUUGAAACCUGUCCUACUGACUGAAUUUAGGGGAUAUGUAAGUAAUACAGAUAUAUGAGAAAUAUUAGAUUGAAAUGCAAACUUAUUUUCUAAAUAAUGGAGGUUCAACCUCUGGUCAAUCACUGUGCCAUCCCACAGCUGCCAAGCCCGGUCACUACUGCACUGUCUCCUCUCCUGUUGACAGGCUAUGAAAGAGUCAUGGAUAUUUCAGUUCUGAUAGACCUGGACACUCCUAUCGCCAACACUACAAAGAAACGCAACGGGGAGCGAUAGAGAGAGGCUGGUCUUCGGGGAAGGGCUACAUUUCUUGUAAAGAACAUCAGUAUUCAUUUGCCGUGGUCGAAAUGGCACACUAGCAUACUGCAUACUGAAUUUCUUUUGAAAAGUAGUGUGUUAGUGUGCCGUUUCACACGCGACCAUUGUCCUCUACACUCAGCAUCACCACUAUAACUCAUAUGUAACCUGUAUCAAAAUGUAUAGAUCGUGUAUCAUGUUAUUGAAUGUCUAAAAAGAUUAUACAAAAAGUUUAAAAAUACAGAAUAAAUGGCUUGAAAUUGUAUUAAAGUAUUCAUGAAUCAGAGAAAGCAAACGUCUAGAGAUAAAUGAACUAUUUUUUUCUGUUCUGUAAUUACUGUUGUGUUGAUGGAGAAACACUGGUCAGAGGAUCCGCUGUAAUAAAAGUACAUUUAGUACA